CUGCUCUAUCACGAUCAGUGCUUUGAACCAGCUCCCGAAGUGAAGGAAGCAUUACGCCGUCUGAAUCUCAAAGAGCCAUGGCUUUUCGAUGAGCGAAAAAUACGCCUCUAUCAUGCACAUACAUUGAAAAGUCAUGGAGACUUGCCUUAUCUGGACGAGAUUGAAGAGGAAAAGAAAACAAGAGCAGACACUUCUGGACUGAUUCCUGGAUAUCAGUUAAAACAGCAUCAUUGAUG